GUACGAAUCAUUGUCGGGAAUAAUACGGACAGUUGACGUAAUUUGUUUACAUUCACGUGUCUUUAAAAUAAUUAGUUUAAUGUAACCACAUUUUCCGGAAGUUGACAGAGAUACACGUACAGUUAAGGAAAGAAAUGCGGUUAUUAUUAUUUUUGCUGGGCUGUGUGAUGGUUCAGGACAUAGUAUGUCCACCUGUUCAGCCAGAAAUAAAGCCAGUGGAGGGUAUGUCACCAGACGAUGAGCAAGAAGAGGAAGACCCUGCGUUUGGGUUGGAGUAUGAGCGCUACCUCCGUGAAGUCGUCACGGCGCUCGAGGAAGAUGAAGGCUUUAGAAAGAAGCUCGAGGAGAUGAACAUGACCGAUAUCAAGAAUGGAAAAAUUUCCCAACACCUUGAGCUUGUAUCACAUCAGAUUCGAGAGAAGCUUGAUGAAAUUAAGCGUCAAGAGAUUCAACGGUUACGUCAGUUAGCUAAGGAAAAGAUUAAAAUGAUGAACGGUAUGGAGAUUUUAGCUUCUGUUGCAAGAUUUCCAGGUGUUCAGGCCAUGGACAACAGCUUCCUCCAUCAUCUCGACACAAAGAAUGCACAUUCAUUUGAAGCUGAAGAUCUGGAGAAACUCAUUAAAAAGGCAACAGGUGACCUUGAUGAGAUUGACAAGAAGCGCCGUGGAGAGUUCAAGACGUAUGAGAUGGAGAAAGAGCACCUCCGUCGUGAAGAGUUGAAGAAACUGGACGAGGAUCAGCGCAAGCAGAAGGAACACGAGUUUGAGGAGCUGCAGAAGAAACAUAAGGAACACAAGCCUGUUCACCAUCCGGGCAGCAAGGCCCAGCUGGAGGAUGUUUGGGAGAAAACAGACAACAUGGACACACAGGAUUUCAACCCCAAAACAUUCUUCAACAUGCAUGAUCUAGACGGUAAUGGAUUCCUUGAUGGUGAGGAGGUAGAAGCUCUCUUCCAGAAAGAGUUGGACGAGGUAUAUGACCCUAACAACCCAGAGGAUGAUAUGCGUGAGAAGUAUGAGGACAUGGGGCGUAUGCGAGAACAUGUGUUUAACGAGAUUGACACGGACAAGGACCACCUUAUCAGCCAGGAAGAGUUCCUCAACUACACCAACUCCAACCAGUUUGAGAAAGACGAGGGAUGGAAGACAGUGGAUGAGGAGCAGAACUAUACAGAGGAGGAGUUAGAGCGUUACGAGCAGAUGUUACGUGAACAUGAGGAACGUGCAAGGGCCCAGGGCAUCGACCCUAACCAGCCCGGCAUGGUGCCACUAGGCCACGACCCUAAUGUCCAGGAGAUGCAGAUGCCACAUGAAGGUAUGCCUCAACAAGGAAUGCAUCAACAAGGGCAACAGUUCAACCAGGGUCAGCAAAGGCAAUUUCAGCAACAUGAACAGCAACAACAAAUGAGGCAAAUGGGCCAGAUGCAAGGUCAGAUGCCUCAAGGUCAGAUGGGUCAAGGCCAGAUGGGUCAAAUGCAUCAAGGUCAGAUGGGUCAAGGCCAGAUGGGUCAAAUGCAUCAAGGUCAGACUGGUCAAAUGCAUCAAGGUCAGAUGGGUCAAGGACAGAUGCAUGGUCAAAUGCCUCAAGGUCAGAUGGGUCAAGGACAGAUGAAUCAAAUGCCACAAGGUCAAAUGGGUCAAGGACAGAUGCCUCAAGGUCAAAUGCAUCAGAUGGGUCAAAUGCCGGGUGGAGGACCAAUGGAUGGACCACCAGGCAGGCCACCUAUGCAGGGAGGACCACCAGCUGGACAGAUGCCAAUGCAAGGCGGACAACAGGCAAUGGGAGGUCAGAUGCCCGGCCGUCAGGACCAUGUCGCAAUGGGGCAAGCACAAAUAAAUACAGCAAAUGCACAAGGUGAAGGUCAAGGUAAGCCUGGUGGUGAACAACCCCAGGCUCAAGGUCAGCCAAAUGUACAGGGCCAGCCUGCUGGGAAUGCUCAGUCUCAGAAUAUAAACUCUGAUACACAAGCCAAAGUGCCUGAAAAUACAGACAAUAAACAAGGUGAAGUUUUUGAGAAAAUUGACCAAACACCGGGUCAAGGUCAAGUGUUAGAUAACUCUGAGCAUGUUCAAGUGCAAGCUGUAGUAAAUGAUCAAGUGCAUGUACAAGAUAAAGCAGUAGAAAAUAUUCAGCCUGUGGAAGGCCAAGUGCAUGCUAAAGCUGAAACAGUAGAGAACAUUAAGCCUGUUGAAGGCCAAGGUCAGAAUGUUGUCGAAGGUGAAGUUAAGGGGUCAGAAGGUCAAGCACCAGUUGAGGUGUAGAUACAGGGAGAUGGAACAGUCAACCAGCAAGGUCAAGGUCAAGACACAUUGAAGUUCCAAGGUCACCAGGGUCAAGGUCAAGAUGAACGGAAACCCUUUGUUUAACAGCUUUUUGUAAACUGCUUUACCAAAUUUUGCUCAUUAAAUACAAACAUUACAAACUUUUGAAAUUUGUUUCAAUUUUUUUUAAAGGACAAUAUAUAUAAUAACAUUUAUCUAAAUAUUUAUUUAACAUGUUCAGUAAAGUUAUAAAGUUUAUACAGAUGUUAAAGAGUUUUGUGUUUUAAAUAUUACAGUCUCAUAACUGAACGCACAAAAAAGUCAGGUACAGUUGAAAGCAUAAUGUUUUUUACAAUAUUAUUUUUGGCUCUAUUGCAUAUAUUUAACACUUACCCUUUCUUCAGUCUUUGCUGAAAUAUAUUCCUGUUUACAAUUUGUUGUUUUUUUAAGAAAAAAAGUUUUUAUAUUUGUAUUUUUUUUUAACAUUUUCUGCAUUGCGAUUUGGUAAAAAGAAUUUCACACUCGGCCAUUAUACUACAUACAGUGGUUCUAGUCAAGUAUAGAUAGUGCUUCAUAUAAAUAUUUAUGACAGAGAGUUUGUUCAGACAGUUAAAUAUUUUAGUGUAGUACAAGUUUUGUCAUUUUAAUUUUGAAAAAAGUUAAGUCAAUGAAACAAGAAACAUAAUUUUACAUAAUUUAAAUUGUACUCAAAUAUUUGUAUGUUCAAACAUAUCCAUGUGCCUUGGAAAUGGUGUGAUACAAUAUGUUUGCCAUGUAACUGCCAAUAAGACAGCUAAUAUGUUCAUGGGACAUGUAAGGCAAAUUACUUUAUUACUUUAAAAUCCAUGAACAGCGCUUCUUUGUUAAAAAUACUUGUUUUGGGACUGUUUUCUGUGUGGAAACUUAGUAAAUUAUGUGCAAAUUUAUAUUUAUUACUUUAAAAUCCAUGAACAGCGCUUCUUUGUUAAAGAUACUUGUUUUGGGACUGUUUUCUGUGUGGAAACUUAGUAAAUUAUGUGAAAAUAUACAAGUUUUCUUUACUUCUAAUUUGCAUUCCAUGUUGUAAUUUAAUAUUUCUGCCUUUGAUUUCUUCAAAACAGUUGUCAAGUUCAAAAUUCUAAAUUAAAUAAAUUUAUUAAAGUUAGAAACUCUUAAAUUUAUUAAUUCAUUAGGCUUGUUCCAAAUGUUUUAAUCAAUGUGCCAAAUUAUAGUUGAAAAAAACAUGCUUUCAUUAAAUUGUGUGUCACUGUGUAACUCAUUCAUGUUUCCUUUAAGGAGUUACACCUGGUUUUUAGAGCUGUGUUCAGAACAAAGCUCCUGGUAAAUCGAGAUAUGAAGUGCAGUGUUCCUAACUUAUUUGAUUAUGUUUUGUAUAUCUCAAUGAUGCGGUGUCGUUCUGUCUGCAUUUCAUGUUGUUAUUGAUUUUAUCAACAUUUUAACAAGCAUUUGUUUAAAUAAAUUAUUUUGAAAUAUA